AUGUCCAAGCCUUCGGAUCACAUCAAGCGCCCCAUGAACGCCUUCAUGGUUUGGUCCCGGGGACAGCGUCGGAAGAUGGCCCAGGAGAACCCUAAAAUGCACAAUUCGGAGAUUAGUAAACGCCUCGGGGCCGAGUGGAAGCUGUUGUCCGAGGCCGAGAAACGCCCUUACAUAGACGAAGCCAAGAGGCUGCGCGCCCAGCACAUGAAGGAGCACCCCGACUACAAGUACCGGCCUCGCCGCAAGCCUAAGAACUUGCUCAAGAAGGACAGGUAUGUCUUCCCUUUGCCUUACCUCGGGGAUACCGACCCCCUCAAGGCGGCAGGGCUCCCCGUGGCAGCCACAGACUCUCUGCUCGGCUCCCCGGAGAAGGCGAGGGCCUUCCUGCCCCCCACCUCCGCACCUUACUCUUUACUUGACCCCAGCCAGUUCAGCUCCAGCGCCAUCCAGAAGAUGACCGAGGUGCCCCACACCUUAGCUACCAGCACUCUGCCCUACGCCUCAACCUUGGGAUACCAGAAUGGCGCUUUUGGUACCUUGAGUUGCCCGAGCCAACACACCCACACUCACCCGUCGCCAACCAACCCAGGCUACGUGGUGCCUUGUAACUGUACGGCUUGGUCUACGUCCAGUUUGCAGCCUCCUGUUGCCUACAUAUUAUUCCCGGGCAUGACCAAGACUGGAAUAGACCCCUAUUCUUCAGCGCACGCUACAGCCAUGUAA